ACCCAAAAAGCCGGCGUGGCCUCUCUCACGCUUCUCUCUGCUUUCGAGAACCGCAUGAUUACCAAUCAGAAAGUUAUGUGUAACUGAAACUUCGUUCAAAAGAUAGUAUUCGCAUCGCGACGCCGUAUUAUUCGUGAAAAAUAUAUAUAUGAGCUGUCUUUUUGUAAGCCAAUUGAGCGCUACGUUCCUCUUCAAAUCUUGAAUAAUUACCUUUGUGGAUAAUUACCUUGUAGGAUGAAACCGGUUAUUAGUGCUGAAACGAUUGCUUCUGAGCAGGAUAAAGUUAGAAAAUCUUUACAUGAACUACAACCCUCGGCUACUGAUAAAGAAACUUUGGUUGGUGCUGAUAGAAUGAUCAAAUCUACUCAACAAGCAAAAGAAACAAAAUCAAAAAAGAAUGUAUCUACAAAAAAGAAAAAAGAGAAAGAUGUAAAAAAACAAAUAAAUGUGACAAUUAAUAACAAGGCUGUUCAAACUGUAUCAGAGGAAAAGAGGGAAAUUGAAGUUGAGGAUUUAACAUGCACAAAUUUAGCCGGUCCUAGUGAAAAUUACUGGCAAGUCCUGGCCGAAAGAAGACGAGUAGCACUUAAGGAUGCUUUAGAAGAAAAUAAAGAACUCGCAGAACGUGUCAAAAAGUUAGAGGAAGAAAAACGUAUUUACAAAGAAAUGUUGGAUGAGACAAAAGCACUUGUUGAAGUGCUGCAGGACAUGAUAGGCGAUGACAGAAACGAUAUAAAUAAUUCAUUAGAAGACAGUGUCCUUUAAGAUUUAAGAGAUUUUUUAAAGUUAUAAGAAAGGUACGCGAUUAGAUUAAUUAUCGAGUCUCUAUGUAAAAUUGUUAAAAACAACCGAGCUGUCUCAAAAGCCGAUGUAAAUCUAAUUCUUACAACAUAUAUCGUGCCUUCUUUUUCACAACAAUUUUACACAAGGAUCGUAAACUUUUGUAGAUUUUAACUAUUAAGUGCUCUAUUUUAAAUAAGAUUAUUUUUCUGUAAUAUGUAUAUAAUACAAGUUUAAAAUAUAAUACUAAGAGAGAUUUUAGAAUGACUAUAGAAUAAUGUAUAUACACGAAAAA